CAUAAAGUGACUGGUUCUAAAUUGUGAGCUUAACAUCCCUGGGACCAGAUAUGCUAUUCAUCGGGAUGCCGAAUCUGCUCACCUCCUCUAUAUAGUCCCUCCUCCCACACAAAUCCCUUUGCACCUUCACACCUCUCUACUUGUCCAGGCUUGUAUUGCCAAGUGCAGUAUCUCUGGACACCUUGUAAAUUUCUUCUAUCAAACUUCCUCCAAAAGACAUACAAGACUCCUAAUUUCCUCGAACAAAAGAUAGUAAAAUAUCCGCAGCGAUAUUUCUCUGUCGCAGCCCAACGCCUUGGCAGGGGGCAUUCGUAUCGGUAUGUACUUCAUGGUAGCCCUCCUCGAUCAUCAACGAUCAGUAACAGUUAUACUAGUAGUGACUUACUUCGAUUGCAAAUGAUUUCAGCGCUACCAUGGAUGCCGCCGUGGAUGCGGCUCGAUGGAUCGUGGGCAAGGCGCUGGCCCCAGUCAUCGACGGCUUGCUGGAGUCUUGGGCAGCUAGCGCAGGGCUAGGCCCCAACAUCGGUGCCCUCAAGAUGCAGCUGCUCUACGCACAGGGUAUUCUCGACAGUGCACAGGGCAAAGACAUCCAGAGCGCUGCUCUCAAGGAACUGCUGCAAAAGCUGCGGCAGCUAGCGUACGGGGCGGAUGACGUCCUUGACGAGCUGGACUACUUCCGCAUCCAGGACGCGCUUGACGGCACCUACGACGCCGCCAAUGUGGAAGACCAGGGCUGCAUUGGUGGCCUCCUUCUCAAUGCUCGCCACACUGCCAGGUCUGCUUCCAAUAAACUCAAGCCCUCAUGCUUGCGUGAUGCUAGCCGUGGUGAUCCCGACGCUCAAGAACAUGGUGACAAGGGAGGAUGCCUCUCUCUCCUUCGCUCGUCCGGCGGGCGUGAGAUAAGAUCACCAUCGGUGCCCACCAACCGGGGUGUCCAGAAGGUUGCCGGUGGAUGCAUGCCUAAGGUCGUCUCUUGCGCUCGCGGCACUGCACACACUAUCGGUAAACACCUCCUUUGCUAUUUUCCCCUGUCUGUCCAAGAUGAUGAUGCUGACACCGACAUGUUUCAAACCUCCAACAUGGCAGGGAGACGAUUUCUCCAUGGCACCUGCCCAUCAAAGGCACGAAACAAAAAUAAUAUGAUGCAAACAGCAAAACUGCAGUACAAUAGGGUGAAAAUGUCUGAAAAGAUGAUGGAAAUAGUAGAGCAGCUAAAACCCCUGUGUGCUAUGGUCUCUACCAUUCUUGACAAAGAGUUACUAGGCUCUGCCAUUCUUAAGUUGGUGCAAGAGAUUGUGAAAAAGAUCCCUAAAGUAAAUGGUGAAAAGGAUAAUUCUAGCAAUGAAGAGCUAAUUGAACAAAGACUAAAAUCUAAGCGGCUGUUACUUGUCUUAGAUGAUGUGUGGACAUACCGCGAGGAUGAGUGGAAAAAACUAUUAGCUCCUUUAAGAUAUAACGGGGGAGAAAAGGGUCAUGUGAUUAUAGUUACAACACGAAUUCCAAAGGUAGCAAGUAUGGUCACUACGAGUAAUUCUUCAAUUGAUGUGGAACGUCUAGGUCGUGAAGAUAUCAUGGCUUUUUUUGAAGUAUGUGUAUUUGGUUACCAAAAACCAUGGGAAGACCAUCCUAAAUUGCGUGAUGUCGGCAGCAAAAUAGUAGAACAUUUGAAGGGCUUCCCUCUUGUAGCAAAAACAGUAGGUAGAUUGCUAAGAAACCAGCUUACACAAGACCACUGGACACGAGUAGCAGAAAGUAAAGAAUGGGAAUUAGAAACUGGACCUAAUGAUAUUAUGCCAGCUCUAAAGCUUAGCUAUGAUUAUCUCCCUUUUCAUCUGCAACAAUGCUUUUUUCAUUGUGGAUUAUUUCCAGAAGAUUAUGAAUUUAAUAGCAAGGAUUUAGUUCACUUCUGGAUAGGACUGGAUAUUGUACAUUCACGUGAUCAGGGCAAAAGAACCGAAGAUGUUGCACUAUGUUAUUUAAACGAGUUGGUUGAUCAUGGGUUUUUUAGAAGGAAUGAAAAAGAAAAUGGUAAUAAUUAUGUUAUCCAUGACCUACUGCAUGACUUGGCAGUGAAGGUUUCAUCAUUUGAAUGCCUUAGCAUAUGUAGUUCUAAUGUGAGAUCCAUAUCAAUUCCCCCUUCUGUACGCCACUUGUCAAUCAUUGUAGAUAAUACUGAUGUCAUGGAUUUAAUCAGAUUUGAAGACUAUAAAAGUUAUUUAAGUGCACCAGAACUUGUCCAUCUCCGCUACCUAAGGAUAAAAUCAGUGCACAAUGAAAACAUAUGCUUGCCUGGUGCUUUGUUUAGAUCCUAUCACUUAGAGCUUAUUGAUCUAGAAAAUUGGUUCGGCAGCCUUGGUUCAGCAAGCCAAAUGAGCAAGCUCAUAAAACUGCGUCAUUUCCUAGUGCCGGAUAACUAUGCUGAAGAAGCUCACUCUAGCAUAUUCGAGUGGAAUAAUUCACGACUUAACAGGGAUGCAAAACAUGAAGAUAAUGUUCUUGAAAGCAUCGUACCGCAUAAAAAUCUUCAAGACCUAUGCAUUAGAGGGCACAAAGGUGCUAAUUGCCCAUCAUGGCUUGGUGGUUACCUCUCGGUUGAAAAUUUAGAAUCUCUUUCACUGUGUGAUGUAUCUUGGAACAAACUUCCACCACUGGGGUACAUGUGGUUCAUUGAUGGUCUGGGUGUAGAGCGUCAGGGUCUUAUCUCAACUCUUAGCUUCCAAUGUUUGAAAUGGCUAGAAUUAGUUAAGAUACCACGGCUAACAAAAUGGGUUGGGAAGGGCACUUGCCAUUUGUUCUCGCUUCUGGAGGUGGUCAUCAUUGAACAUUGCCCUGAACUCACGGAGUUGCCAUUUUCACAGCCUACUUGCGGUCAAAAAAGGCAGGAGGAGAACAUGACUUGGUUUCCUAAACUACGGUGGCUCAAGAUUGUAGACUGCCCAAAAUUGUUGUCACUGCCUCCCAUCCCUUGGACUCACCGUCCAUGCUCAGCUAUAAUAGAAGGAGCGGGAUCUUGUUUUAAAAAGCUCGUUUACUCCAAGAACUACAAAUCGAAAUUAAGUUUGGAAAUCGAAGGAAAAGAUGAGCAGUCCAGGUUGGUCUGGAAUGGGCUGGCUUUUGAUAAUUUAGCUGAUCUGAAAGAGUUGAAGAUGAUCAAGUGUCCUCCUUUGCCGUUGAUUCACCUCCGAAAGCUAAGAUCUCUAGAUACUCUCCAGAUAAAAAGUAUGAGCAAUGAAUUGCUGCUGUUUGAAGGUGAAAGCUGCAAUACUGAAUGCCCUCUUCCAGUUGAACGACUUGAGAUCAACAAUUGUGCUAAUGGGAAUGAACUAACACAUAUGUUGUCUCAUUUCCCGAAGCUCACGAAGUUGGAGAUUACCCAUUGUCAGAUGAUAACUUGGCUGGGCGUGGUGGAGCAUCAGGCGGUGGAAACGCCAAAACCAGCAUUGUAUUCAGCUAAUGAAAUCGAGCAUGCAGAAGCUGGACGCUGUCAGCAGCAGACAAGGAGAGAGGAGAACGAAGUAGCACCAGGAGGAGGAGGUCCAUUGCUCCUGCCGCGCCAACUACAGGAGUUAAUCAUCCGCCGUUGCAGACAGCUACGGUUAGUCUACUCUUCACUGGACAAGGACAAUAAAAGAGGAGGACUCCAACAUCUCUAUUUCCUCCGCUCCUUGGUGGUAGCUGAUUGCCCUGACUUCUUCUUCUCGUAUUUGUCCUCCGCCUCCGCCUCAUCUUGUUUUCCCUUCCCCGACUCCUUGCAGCAGCUCCGUCUGAAAAACAUGGGGAGAAUGGAGAUGCUGCCUCCCCUCGCAAAUCUAAUUUCUCUAACCGAUUUAUCCUUGUUUGAUUGUGGGGAUCUAAUAGGAGAGGGCUUAUGGCCUCUUGUCGCCCAAGGCAACCUCAGAAAACUAUACAUCUCUGGAGUUCCCAAAUUGUUAACUGGUUCUCAGCCUUUGUGGCCGCACGACCAAGAGCUUCCUACCUCUUCCUCCAAACUCGAGAGUCUCUGGACAGAUGACCUUGCAGGACUCCUUACCCUGCCCAUCUGUAGGCUCCUCUCUUCCUCCAUCACGAAACUAUACAUUGCAGGGGGUGAGGCGCAGCGUUUCACAGGGGAGCAGGAGGAGGCCUUUCACCUCCUCAGCUCCCUCCAGGAGCUCCAGUUUGGGCGCUGCGAGAAGCUCCGUCACCUCCCUGCUGGGCUAACCAAGUUCAAAAGGCUCAAGGCAUUGCAUAUCAAGUUGUGUAAAUCCAUCCGUUCGCUGCCCAAGGAUGGUUUCCCCAGUUGUCUGCAAGUAUUAGUGAUCGCUGAAUGUCCGGCCAUCAAGUCUCUUCCGAGGGUCUGCCUUCCAAGUUCACUACGAGAAUUACAUGUUUAUGGUCGCAACAGUGAGGAGCUACAAAGGCAGUGCCGCAACUUAAAAGGAACCAUUCCAAUAAUGAAAGACUAUGUAUGA